CAGUUCAAAAGGAAACUAUUAAAGCUUUUAAAGAUCUCAGUUAUACUCAUGCAGAAACUAAAAAAUUUGUUGCGCUUGACGGUCCAAAAAUAGCAGCAGAAACUGAGAAAGCAAAGUUUUACAAAGAUGCUUCUUCCUUGUCUCGGGAAGUUGUGGCUGAAAAGCAAGAAACGCCCACUAUUGAAGUUGUAAAUAUGGACUGUCUUCUUGAAGCAUUAAGACUAAAAAGACACGGUUUCAACCCUAUAGUAUUGAACAUGGCAUCAAGCACAAGUGUUGGAGGUGGAGCUCAGGAAGAAAAUCUUUUUCGUCGUACAAAUCUUUUUGAAUAUCAUGAACGUAAAAAAAAUGAAUGGUAUCCUAUUCCUGAAUCUGGUGGCAUUUAUUGUCCUAACGCCACAGUCAUAAGAUCUAGUGAAGCAGAUAAAUAUUCAUUCUUGGAAGUUCCCGAAACAAUGUCUUUUGUGGCUGUAUCCGCUUUGCGUCGCCCAAAAAUUAUUUCAGAUUCUUCUGGUGGACAUACGCUACAUCCUGAAGCGAAAGCCAAAACCCGUAAAAAGAUUCAAGCGAUUUUGAAUAUAGGAUUAGAAAAUGGCGCGUAUCGGAACCCUCCGGAUGUUAUUGCACAACUAUUUUAUGAAGUGAUCUCAGCAGAGUAUGCUGGUGACGGAGAGAACUUGCCACGAACUUAUCGACAUAUAUCUUUUGCCAUCAUUGAUGAUCACAAUGCUAAUAAAAAACACAACAUUGAGGGGAAUUAUAUACCAUUUCAUCGAAGAUUUGCUAAGGGAAUUAUUGUUGAAUCUAAAAAGAAUGAAGUGGCAAUGAAAGAGUAA